AUGGGGCUGCGGCCACUCAAUCGGCUCAUGUCCAUGCGUCGGGGUCGGCGUCGCCGGCCAAUUCAAAGCCCUGCAGAUGGAUUGGUGGCUUCAGCUGCUAAAAGGAAGGACUCACCCUGCCGACAAGAUGACAAUUCACGAAGUGAUAAAAAAUUGAGAUAUUCAGGAAAAAGUCUUCCUGAGGAUAUAUGGCAUCAUAUACAUUCUCUACUUCCUCUACGAGAUGCUGCACGUGUUGCAUGCGUGUCUCAUGCAUUUCGACAUUCUUGGAGAUGUUAUCCCAAUCUCGACAUAACUAGGAAAGCACUGGGUUUGGAAGACGAGAUGUCAUCAUCAUUUGAAAUAUCGAGUGCUCUUGCAAGUAUAACCAACCAGAUUCUGAAAGAACGCUCCCGUAUUGGCGUGAAGGCACUCAGGCUUGAAAUAAAUGAUUUUCCCAUGUUCAGCACCUCCAGUGAUCUUGAUCGUUGGCUUUAUAUUGCUGUUAGACCAGGGAUCGAAAAGCUUGACCUAUGGCUGAAACUACACUCAUAUGAUGAUGCGCCUGUAUACAACUUUCCAUGUCCACUUUUACUUGAUGGGAGUGGCAAGUCGAUUCGGGAUCUUCAACUCAGGAAUUGUGCCUUCCGUCCCACGGCUGAGCUUGGCUGCUUAAGAAGCCUAACUAGUCUGAGCUUGUGUUCUGUACAUAUUACGGGUGAUGAGUUAAGGUGCCUUCUUUCCAGUUCACUUGCUUUGGAUAAAUUAAUACUCUUAUUGUGCAAUGAGAUAACUUUCCUGGAGAUACCUAGCCUGCUGCAACGUCUUAGCCACCUGGAUGUCAAUUGUUGCACAAAUCUGAAAGUUAUAGAGAGCAAAGCCCCGAAUCUCUACAAUUUUAAAUAUGAGGGUGCUCUGAUACGACUAUCACUUGGUGAUUCAUUGCAAAACUUUAAAUUCUUUCGUUCAUCUUGGGCCAUGUUUCAUUAUGCUUGCAAAAAUCAUCCGCACAUGGUGCCAAAUCUUGAAGGUCUUGACAUAUCUACAUAUGUGGGUGAUACUCUGGUGGUACCUGUACCUGGCAAAUUCCUCCACCUCCGGAAACUGUGCUUUGGGUUUAUUUCCCCAGACUAUGAUUAUCUCUCUCUGGUAGAGCCGGUUGCCAUGGAGCAAGAAUCAGUUUUAGGAGAUUCUUCUCAUGAUCUAAGGAAGAUGCCAGGGCACUUGCACAGGAGCAUCAAAUAUGUGCAGAUCGUUGGUUUCUGUUCUGCAAAGAGCAUGGUUGAGCUAACGUGCCAUAUUCUCGAGAAUGCAAAGUCACUUCAGCGCCUUACACUUAGCACCUUUGUCCAAGAUGGAAUUUUCUGUUCCAGCAGCAAAACCGGUAAAUGCCUCUCGAUGAGUAGGGAUAGGAUUGUGGAAGCCCAUAAAGCACUCUUGGUCGUGCAAAGAUACAUUGUGGAGAAAGUUCCCUCUUCUGUCGAGUUGAAAGUUGUAGAGCCUUGCAACCAGUGCAAUCCUCUUAAAAUUUAG